AUGGCUCUUCCUAAACUAGCAGCAGAGUUGAACGAUUUGUUCGAAAAAAAGAAAUACGACGAAUGCGAGAAGUUGCUUCCCCCUUUGAAGUUGGAAUUGAUCCAGCAUAACUUGCUUGUCCCAUUGCCGUCCAAUACACAGACGCAAGACCAAUUGAACGAUUUGAAGAACGCCGAGCGGAUUUUGGAAAUCGGCGCCCUCUCGUCUCUUUUGGCACACAGCUACGCCAACUUCGAGAAUCUCGUGGCGUCUUUGAAACCGUUCUAUGCCUGCGACAAGUUGCAUGCCAAAAACGAAGCAAACACCGAUGCCACAAAGAUUACAGCGCUCUAUUUGCUUUACUUGCUAUCACAAGGCCAUAUCUCCAAGUUCCAUCUCGAGUUGGAGACCAUCUAUUACUCUCCUCUUGUCAACGUGGAGCAGGACAAGUACUUGUUGUUUCCCAUCGACUUGGAGAGAAAUAUGAUGGAGGGCAACUAUCUCAAGAUCUGGAAGUUGUUGCAGGACAACUCGGCGUUGCCUUGCACGGAAUUCGAGCACUUUACAUCGACAUUGGUCAACACCUUGCGCCAUGAGAUUGCCAAGUCCAUUGAAAAGACCAACUCGUCCAUCCCCAUCAACAAUUGCAAGACAUUGAUGCAUUAUGCCCAGGAGUACCUGGAUCUGGCUUUUGAAGAGGAGUUGAAGCUGCAGUUGGAUGUGGGUGACUGGGUCUUCAAGGAUGGCGUGAUUUACUUUGACAAUGUUCCUGCCCCAGAUGAGACUGUUUCCGACAACACGCUGACGGUUUUCAAUGUCUUGAGCUACGCGGAACAGAUUGAGUCUAUUGUGUAG